GUUUUAAACGGCGGGUCGCGUCCACGGUAUAACACGGUCAUCCGGAUCCGAUUCCAUUUCACUUUGAACCCGUUGCGAGACCACGAUCCUUCUUCUGCUUCUUCACUUCACGCGUCCGCAGUACGUUUCGGAUGCUUUCACCGCCGCAUCUCGUACACCGUUUCGCGUUUUUCGGCUCAUUUGUUUGUGUGUGAUUUUUUUUUUGUUUGGGGUUUGUGACUGUUUGAUAGUUUUUUUUUUUAUUUAUAUAUUAUUUGGGAUUUUUUAUUGGAUUUUACGUUGUUUAUGUAAACACAUCUCUUAAAAUUCUGCUGAAUGCGGUGAACAAUGUCCAUAAGGAUACACUAGGAUUAUUUGUAAUUUUAGAAGAAAAUCAUGUCGAAAAACAAGGCCCUAUUCCUUUUAAUUCUUCUGUUCACACUAACAGCCGCAGAAGAAACACCAAAAGAAUCAGAAGAGCGAAUCGACAAUGACAAAACAAUUCUUAAAAAAUCUGAAUCGUAUCAGAAACAUCAACAAGAACCAUCGUUCAUUUCGAAAAUAGCCAACUGGCUGUUUCCUUUUGGUGGUGAUUCGGAGGCUGCGGCAGCCGAACAUCCGCAGUUCAGGUAUCUGCCUCCACCACCUCCGCAACACGCCUUCGGGUUACCCGAGAAGGAAUGCAACCCUUGCAACAAAGAACCUUGGAUUCCCAUGGCCACCAACAACGGCCACCACACCGUCAUCAACUUCGUCCCACCUUCCGGCUCCCACAUCACCCACCUACAAUCGGUGCAUCCGCCCCCAAAUUUGUACGGACCCCCUGAUAAUCAGUAUGGUCCACCACCACCACCGAAGUUCAUUCAGAAAUUGCCCAAUAAGGAUUAUAGUGGUUUCGGUGGUACUUCUAGUGGUUUUGGAGGUAGUUCCCACAGUGGUUUUGGAAUAUCAUCCCAUGGACCAAGUGCUACGACCUUGCAAGAUUUCAUAGUACCUCCCCCGCUGCAUUUGAAAUCUCACAGUCCUUCCUAUAGGUUGAACAAUAAGUACGGGCCUCCGUUAAAAACAUCUCCAGGAAUUUACGGACCUCCAAAACCAGUUUAUGGACCUCCUAAGCCCGCUUAUGGUCCUCCCAAUUACAAACCUCCUUCAGGACCUUUCGGACCACCUUCCAGCCAGUACGGUCCACCUUCUAAUCAGUACGGUCCUCCCCCAACUCCUUCAAAUCAAUACGGACCUCCCCCAAGUCCUUCAAAUCAAUACGGACCUCCCCCAAGUCCCUCAAAUCAAUACGGACCUCCUCCAAGUCCGUCAAAUCAGUACGGACCUCCUCAAAGUCCAUCAAAUCAAUAUGGACCACCCCAAAGUCCGUCAAAUCAAUAUGGACCACCUCCAAGUCCGUCAAAUCAAUAUGGACCCCCACAAAAUCAGCCUAGCCAUUUCGGACCUCCACAAAACCACUUCGGUCCACCAACAACUCACCUCAAACCAAUCUUCGAAAGUUACGGAGCGCCUCCAGACAUCCGUCCUCCUCCGGUAAGCGGUACUUACGGAGCACCGUCAUAUCUGCCGCCCCAAAAAUUGGUGCCAACUUCGCCGAGCGCCAAUUAUCCGCCCCCACAACCCGUUCCUUCGGACAGCUACGGCGCACCCCUUGGGCCAAACGCCGCUGACUACUACUUGGGACAGAACGAGCAGUUAUCUUUACCCAGCGGAGACAAUCAUCGACCCAUUCCUUUGCCCAAUUUGAGUUUGCGACCUGUUGUGCCCGUUCGGGAACACGUCAACUUUAAAAACGUUCCAAAUGGACAAGACGACAGUGUACAAGUUAUUCCGAGUAUAAACGUGGCUGAUUAUUUGUCAUCAAUAGAACAUCCCAUCAACGUGAUUCAGUCGCCUUUGGUGGAGGUUUCAGUGAAAGACGAAAGCAGGAAUCAGUUUGAGAAAGAACCGUCGGACUUGAACGAACCUUUACCUCAAAAUCAGUACAGUGCGCCAGUUCAACAUUUGGACAACCAACAUAAUGACAUACAACAAAACGUGGAAAAUGUUUUGUAUCAAGAACCAAGGAAUAAUCCUGAGCAAUUGUUCAACUUAGGAACUCAGUAUAAUCAAAAUGAACCUCAAGUACUUUACAACGCCCCUCCAGUGAACUAUGAUCAUUUGCAAAGUGCCCAAAGCAGUCAGAAAGAAAGUUAUGUGCCUAAGUUGAGUCAGAAUCCUAUUGUUGUGGAAGAUGCACAUGCUUCCGCUUCCAGUUACAACACCACCUCCACAAAUCAAACGAAAAGAGACAACGGAAAGAGUUUAAACAACUUGGACGCCUUCAAACCCAUUUCGAAUGAGGUGAAUUCGGACGUGAUCAAAAAAUUGUUGUUGGAUCAGGGAAUUUUGGGCAAUCCCAAUCACGAAAUCAUCGACAUUAAGAAGGUGAACGAUCCUAAAUUCACUGCGCCUCCGGCCAAUUAUGCAAAUUGGUCGCCCAGUGCGACAAUGGCAACUUCUUUGAGGCCUCCAAGUCCUGGCAAAUCCACAUGGUUGAAUCCUGUGAGUUCAACCACGAAGAAACCUAAGCAAAUCCAGAUAAUCGUGCCAUAUAUAACUAACAGGAAGCCCGUUUAUGACAAACAACACUUUUAUCAAAAGACGCAGACUCCUAAAUCAUUCUCUAAUGGGGGCUACACAACUUUGGUGCCGGUUUACACUCCACCACCGUCGACUCAAGAAUCAGUGUGGUCGAAAUUCAUGGACAAUUUUAACCUUGCCAAAGCACAAACUACUCCUGUUUACAACAUACAAGAUCUAAUAAAUAGUGGAAAGUCACAAAGUCAGUCACAUCAAAACAACUUGCCUUACGACAUUAUUUCUCUUCAGAAGAACAUUGAUCAUUGGACACAACAAGAAUAUUCCGGCAAAUUUAAGGAAAAGAACAAACAAGUGGAUAGUACCAAACAAAUUCCAGAUAGUUUCUUCACAACUCAAGCACUGGAAACAACAACUGUGCCAGAAGAAGUGACUUUCGAAAGCGCUGAGACUAACAACAAAGAAACGAUUUUACGCGACCUUCUUAAAGACAUCGAAACAAACUUGAUUCUGUCUGAAACCACAACAGAAGUCACCAACUCCACGAAGCCCAUACCUCUUCCUUUCAGCACCCAAGACCAAAAAUCCUCGUGGGAAGUUGCCCAAGUGACCGUCUCCCCAUUGACAAAAGAAAAAGUGUACGUGGUAACCCCGCAAAGCUACAAAUUCGAUAGUUCAACGCCCGCAACCGCCUGGAGUAUGGCACCUAAGGUGAAAAACGGAACGGUCAACGGACAGGGGACGUUUGAAAGUUCCAAGUUCAGCGUCAGGGUGGAAGCUCAGAACAAAACAGGCAGGGAAUUGGUCCAUCAGGAUGGACAGAACUCCGUGAAGGUGGUUUACAGCGAAUGGCCACACUUAAUAAACAAUUUGCAAACGACGACCACACCAAAGCCAACUUCAAGACAUCCAUUGUUCGGCCUCAUGGACCUAUCUUCGUACACCCCACCAGCCAACUCAACGGUGCAAACAAUUUCGGGACAUUCCAAGGUUGUAACUGUCGUCACUCCAUAUACCACGGCUAAAAUGAAGAACAAAGGGUCCUCAACGACGACGACUACGACGAGUACCACAACGACAACAGAAAAAAUUAACAACUCCCAUUGAAGACGCUGAUUAUUGUAAAUAGAAUAUAACUAAUUAUUUAUCUGGGUAUUAUACAUAAACAUUAAAAUUUAAUUUUAUACGUUCUAGUGAUUUAAACUGACAUAAAGUUGGUUUUACUAUUAUUUUAUGUGUGACGCAUCGUCAAUUUAGUUUUAUUAGACUUGUAUAUAGCAUAUUAAUUUAUUUAAAAGUAUUUUAAAUUAUAUAAUUUGUGUAUCUACAAAAAAAGGACAUACAUUUAAUUAUUCUUGUCAGUUAGCAGUUACCAUUGAUGAUAAUAAAAUUUAGUUUUGUGGAUAUGCAGAUGCUCUCUGAAAAUUACUUGUAGUAUUUUAUAAUUGUGCACAAUUUAUUUUUGUAUAUA